GGCUACAAAGACCACUGAAAAAUAAUAUAAACGACGAAAGAUUUUCAGACAUUUUAAAACCGUUUUGGAUAAACAUGGCAACUGAUUUUUUCAUGAAUGGAUUAGUUAUAUUGUGUGCUUUAAUACUUCCUACAAUGGCAGUAAACAAGUGCACCAAUAACAAGCAAUUUGGAGUGACCAAUUUGAAUAACAACUAUAACAGAGACCCCGGGACGACGACUGGAGUCCAAUAUCUAGUGCCUGAUGGAAUCGACUGCUGUGGAGUGAUCGACAACUUCGACGCAAUAUAUGAGCGUACCGGUACACUAUACUUUCAAAUAUGGCGACCGUCGACGAACGGACACACAAUAAUUGGCCAGUGGUCUACGGCUGACCCGAAUGGGUACUUCAACACCGGAUGGAUCAACCCAGAAAGGUGUGGCUACAAUAAUCAAGGGACCGAGCGGAUCACGGUUUUGCCGGGGGAUCUGUAUGGCUGGUGGACGGCCGGCGAGGAGAUCAUCAGUUACGAUGACACCGCCGACACGGUAUACGAGGCGCAGUUGACCGGCAGCCCUGGGGUCGGGACGGAGAUAGCAUGGCCCAUGGGCACGACGACCACUAACAGGCGCUACGGAAUAAGAGUACAAGUAGAUCAAAACAAUAACCCGUCUUUCUCUGAUCUCCCUACGUCGACUAACGUUUUUGAGACGGUAGCUACAGGAACUUCCAUCUGGAAGGUAACGCCGUCGGACAAUGACGUCAGUGACGCCAGCAGCUUGACUGUUACUAUGGCAACGAAUACCUACUUCAACUUUGAUCCAAAUAAUCUUGUGGUGUCAGUCUCAAGUAGCUUGAUUUCCGUUCCCGACCAGACGCUGUCGUUCACGGUGACAGACCAGUGCGGGAACACCGGCACUGAGGAUCUCACUGUCGUAGUCGUCAACAUCGCACCGGUAAUCCAGAAUCUGCCGAAUUCGACGUCACUGCACGAGAAUACAGUGACGUACGAGUACGUGUACACGGUGUCUGUGGUCGACUACGGGCCUGUCACGUGUGCAAUCAACCCGGCCAGCAGCAACUUUCUCAUCCGACAGGCCGGGGCCUCGAGCGCCUACUGGGAUAUCUACACAGUGAGCGGUUGUAAUUUCAACUACGCUACAGGGGCGUCAAUCGCGUUGAACGUCAAGUGCACGGAUACUGGCGGCAAGUCGGACACCGAAACGUUCACCGUCAACCUGAUACAGAAUGAGCCGCCAAUUAUUCACAACCUACCGAAUUCAACGAGCGUUCACGAAGACUCUGACGUCGAAACGUUAAUUUACGUUCUGAACGUCACGGACGCGGAUAGUCCGUCUCUUACGUGCGUCUUCGUCACAGCGUCGACGCUAUUCCGUCUACGAAUGGUGACCGGAGGUACAAAGUGGGGGAUAUACAGCGUCGCGGGGGCGACGUUCGACUACAAUGCAAAGAAUAGCUACCAAUUGGACGUAAACUGCGCCGACGAACGUGCUUCUGACGUCGACGUCUUCACCGUCUACCUAAUCAGGAACGACCCGCCUCAGUUGACAAACGUUCCAGCAAACAUUUCUCUGUCAACAUCUGCGCCGAUAGGCUAUGACGUGUACAAUGUGACGUCAUUCGACACCCCCGGUGCAGAUGGAAGAGCGAAUCAACUGACGUACACAAUUACGUGUGUUCCGACAGAUUGUCCGUUCACUAUCUUAGCAUCGGGCAUGCUGCAGCUGAAUAUGGGCAUCACCACCCUUAGCCUCGUCGGAUAUGACGUCAGCAUUAAGGUGUGCGAUCACAGGAACUGCGGUGACAUCAGGAUUCUCACAGUUAACAUCGUAGAAAUCAAUGACCUCCCAGAGAUAACUAACCUGAACCAGAACCUCAAUGUGCCCGAAAAUAGCGCCACAAGUCACGUGCUGCUGACCACCGCAUGCACGGACUUUGACGUACCAGACGACACGCUGUCAUACAGUAUGACGUGUAGCCCUGGCACCGGAAACAACAUGUUCUUCAUCAACAGCGGAUCUGGGCAGAUCCGCACGGCUUCGACUAUUAUAAAUUACGAGACGCUGGCAGUGAAGUCAUUUACUUGUACAAUUACCUGCUCCGACGGACUGGCGCUGGAUACGGCGACAUUGAAUAUUGACGUCACUGAUGUUAAUGAGAACCCUGCGUUUACCCAGGCCGCUUUUAGUGUCAACGUUGACGAAGGACCAGGCGGAACUCUGCUACUAGCGUCCGGGUUGUCGUCUACCGACCCAGACGUACCAGAAACUAAGUUGUACUCACUUGACUGCAACCCGUACACCGGGUAUUUUGCCAUCAACAGCGGGUCAGGAGCACUGAGCUACGCCACUAACUAUGACGUCGAUCCCGCCGGUGGUAUGCCGACGAAGGUUCAGUGUACCGUGACCGUCACGGAUAGCGGGGGGCUCACCGAUACUGCAAGCAUUUCCAUAACAAUAAACAAUAUCAACGACAACGCGCCCACAUUUUUGCCGGCGUUCUACUCUUACUUUGCCGACGGCGCGGCUCCGGUAUCCACCAACAAGCUGUCUCCGGAUAGCCCGGUAUCGGUAACCGACGGAGACCUCGGCGCAUUUGGGCAAAUUACAUAUAGCCUCAACCAGUCGUCUCUAGGCGACCAGUACUUCGGUAUCACUCAGAGCGGAGAGAUCUUCGUUACCAAGGCAAUCUCAGUUCUUGGAUACGGCUCCACCGUCAGCUUCGAGGUUGUCGCUUCGGACGGGGGCGGUCGGUCGUCAAGGGCAACGGUCAGCGUGGUCGUCAUGGCAACUACAACAACGUCGACCACAACCACAACCGACAGGUACCGGACGUUUUUCGAAGACUCCAGGAACAUCGCCUGGUUUGUGCCGGCGGUCGCUCUCGCAGCCGCCGGGGUCGGGCUAAGUGCGUACAUGGCCUUAACGUACUGCAAGUCCACUGGACCAGCAUUUAAAUUGGCUUGCAGAUGCUGCAAGAUCGAGAAGGUAUACUCGGAAGCCCGCCGCUAUGACGUCACUAGACUCAGACCCCGUAAUCUACCUACACCCAAGCCAAAGGCCUUCGAAUUUUGGCACGCAUGAUUUCUUACACGCAUGAUGCAGACAGCACACGGUCAAACAAAGACUAUCCAUUGACAAUUUUGCUCUAAAAAAAUAUCGUGUAUAAAUUGACAUUUGAUUUAAUGAUUGAAACCUUUAAUUGAAAUAAUUAAAUGUGUUUAUUGUAUUAACCGCUGUUCCAUGACAACUAAAUGUGUAUAUUUCAAUUACAUUUCCUUUUUUACCAUCAAGGAAUUAAGAAAAUCUAUUAAACAACAUAUGA